GGUCUUGCUCCCAGCAGCCUCCGCGGUGGAUACGUCGCCAUCUUGGAUCCGCGGGACAAGAAAAUUCAUGCGUACUGUGAGGAAAGGACACGACUCUAUGGUGAGGACUGAUGGACAUACAUUAUCUGAGAAAAGAAACUACCAGGUGACAAACAGCAUGUUUGGUGCUUCAAGAAAGAAGUUUGUAGAGGGGGUCGACAGUGACUACCAUGACGAAAACAUGUACUACAGCCAGUCUUCUAUGUUUCCACAUCGGUCAGAAAAAGAUAUGCUGGCAUCACCAUCUACAUCAGGUCAGCUGUCUCAGUUUGGGGCAAGUUUAUACGGGCAACAAAGUGCACUAGGCCUUCCAAUGAGGGGGAUGAGCAACAAUACCCCUCAGUUAAAUCGCAGCUUAUCACAAGGCACUCAGUUACCGAGCCACGUCACGCCAACAACAGGGGUACCAACAAUGUCACUUCACACGCCUCCAUCUCCAAGCAGGGGUAUUUUGCCUAUGAAUCCUAGGAAUAUGAUGAACCACUCCCAGGUUGGUCAGGGCAUUGGAAUUCCUAGCAGGACAAAUAGCAUGAGCAGUUCAGGGUUAGGUAGCCCCAACAGAAGCUCGCCAAGCAUAAUAUGUAUGCCAAAGCAGCAGCCUUCUCGACAGCCUUUUACUGUGAACAGUAUGUCUGGAUUUGGAAUGAACAGGAAUCAGGCAUUUGGAAUGAAUAACUCCUUAUCAAGUAACAUUUUUAAUGGAACAGAUGGAAGUGAAAACGUGACAGGAUUGGAUCUUUCAGAUUUUCCAGCAUUAGCAGACCGAAACCGAAGGGAAGGAAGUGGUAACCCAACUCCAUUAAUAAACCCCUUGGCUGGAAGAGCUCCUUAUGUUGGAAUGGUAACAAAACCAGCAAAUGAGCAAUCCCAGGACUUCUCAAUACACAAUGAAGAUUUUCCAGCAUUACCUGGUUCCAGCUAUAAAGAUCCAACAUCAAGUAAUGAUGACAGUAAAUCUAAUUUGAAUACAUCUGGCAAGACAACUUCAAGUACAGAUGGACCCAAAUUUCCUGGAGAUAAAAGUUCAACAACACAAAAUAAUAACCAGCAGAAAAAAGGGAUCCAGGUGUUACCUGAUGGUCGGGUUACUAACAUUCCUCAAGGGAUGGUGACGGACCAAUUUGGAAUGAUUGGCCUGUUAACGUUUAUCAGGGCAGCAGAGACGGACCCAGGAAUGGUACAUCUUGCGUUAGGAAGUGACUUGACAACAUUAGGCCUCAAUCUGAACUCUCCUGAAAAUCUCUACCCCAAAUUUGCAUCACCCUGGGCAUCUUCACCUUGUCGACCUCAAGACAUAGACUUCCAUGUUCCAUCAGAGUACUUAACGAACAUUCACAUUAGGGAUAAGCUGGCUGCAAUAAAACUUGGCCGAUAUGGAGAAGACCUGCUCUUCUAUCUCUAUUACAUGAAUGGAGGAGACGUAUUACAACUUUUAGCUGCAGUAGAGCUUUUUAACCGUGAUUGGAGAUACCACAAAGAAGAACGAGUAUGGAUUACCAGGGCACCAGGCAUGGAGCCGACAAUGAAAACCAAUACGUAUGAGAGGGGAACAUAUUACUUCUUUGACUGUCUUAACUGGAGGAAAGUAGCUAAGGAGUUUCAUCUGGAAUACGACAAAUUAGAAGAACGGCCUCACCUGCCAUCCACCUUCAACUACAACCCUGCUCAGCAAGCCUUCUAAAAAAAAAAAAAAAAAAAAAAAAAAAGACUUCCCUUUUCUUGGGGUAUGGCUGUCUCAGCACAAUACUCAACAUAACUGCAGAACUGAUGUGGCUCAGGCACCCUGGUUUUAAUUCCUUGAGGAUCUGGCAAUUGGCUUAUGCAAAGGGUCACCAUUUGAGGUCCUGCCUUACUAAUUAUGUGCUGCCCAACAACUAAAUUUGUAAUUUGUUUUUCUCUAGUUCAAGCAGGGUCUGAAUUUUUUUCAUUUAUUUUCUUUUUUUUGCCAGCAGACAGACUUGGGUCUGUAAAGACAAGCAAGUACACUGACAGAAGUUUACCAUUUAGUUUCUAAAAUGUAAAAAAGAAAACCCACAAAAGACUCAACAGAAUUAGACCGCAAAAUUUGCAUUGUUCAUUGUAGCACUAUUGGUAAUAAAAUAACAAAUGUUUGUGCAUUUUUAUGUGAAGAUCCUUCUCGUAUUUCAUUUGGAAAGAUGAGCAAGGUCUGCUUCCUUCAUUUUACUUCCCCUUCUGUUUUUGAAAGGCAGUUUCGCCAAGCUUAACGCAAGAAUAUCUGACUGUUUAGAAGAAAGAUAUUGCCACAAUCUCUGGAUGGUUUCCAGGGUUGUGUUAUUACUGAGCUUCAUCUUUCCAGAAUGAGCAAAACACUGUCCAGUCUUUGUUACGAUUUUGUAAUAAAUGUGUACAUUUUUUUUAAAUUUUUGGACAUCACAUGAAUAAAGGUAUGUAUGUACGAAUGUGUAUAUAUUAUAUAUAUGACAUCUAUUUUGGAAAAUGUUUGCCCUGCUGUACCUCAUUUUUAGGAGGUGUGCAUGGAUGCAAUAUAUGAAAAUGGGACAUUCUGGAACUGCUGGUCAGGGGACUUUGUCGCCCUGUGCACUAAAGGGCCAGAUUUUCAGCAGCCAAGGACAUCCAUACCCAAGUGAAUGUGAUGGGACUUAAAGAAGUGAACUGAGACAAUUCACUCUGGCUGUUUGAACAGCAGCGUUUCAUAGGAAGAGAAAAAAAAAAGAUCAAUCUUGUAUUUUCUGACCACAUAAAGGCUUCUUCUCUUUGUAAUAAAGUAGAAAAGCUCUCCUCACUGCAGUGUUGA